GAAGGAAUAGAUAUCUUGAGCCUCAUAAAAGUACGAUCCACUCUCCUGCAAGAGCUAAUACACCCCACAUCAACGAGUACAACACAACUCAAAACUGAAGUCGCCUAGCUACACGGUGUAGAACAGACAUGAAGGUUCUUACAGCGCUUGUUAUUUUUGCUGCUUGUUGCGCACUGUUUACGCUCGCAAGUGCGAAACCUGUGGAAAAACCAGAGAAGCCCAAGAAAGUCAACCCGGCGAGGCUAGUAGAUUAUUUGACGAAGUAUGGGUACUUGAGUCCCAUAGACCCGCGUAAUGGCAAAAUACGGACUGACAAGGAACUUAAAACGGCUAUAAAGACAUUACAGAGAUUUGGUGGUUUCAAGGCCACGGGAGACAUAGAAGACCCCCAUCUCGUCGACCUUCUCAACAGAAGUCGAUGCGGUAUGCCUGACGUCGGCCCUGCUGAUGUGUACAAGAGAAAAAGACGUUACCUUCUGCAGGGAUCCACCUGGAGAACGACGACAUUAAAAUACCGCAUUGAGAACUACACCCCAGAUCUUCCUCGUGAGGAGGUCGAUAACGCUAUCCGCAAUGCUCUGGCGAUGUGGGCAGCGGUGACACCACUGACGUUUAUCGAGGUCUAUGAUCCCCGCAUCGAGGUGGAGAUUCGCAUUCGGUUUGUUACUGGCGAUCACGGGGAUGGGUAUCCCUUCGAUGGUCCAGGGGGGACGCUCGCACAUGCCUUCUACCCGCACGAUAACACAGGUCUGUCGGGAGACGCGCAUUUCGAUGACGAGGAAUACUUCACCCUGCGUACCGAUCACGGGAUUGAUCUCUUUUGGGUGGCCGUGCACGAGUUUGGACACAGUCUUGGACUCGACCAUUCCAGUAACGUGGAUGCAAUCAUGUAUCCCUUCUACCGAGGCUAUGUACCCGACUUCCAGCUUCAUUACGAUGAUAAGGCAGGGGUUCAAGCCAUUUAUGGCAGUAAAACGUCAAUUACUGCGAAAACUGUUGAGCCCGUUACCCCAACAAUCCAUGUAGACCCAACAGAAGCGCCCGGCGUUGCAGACAAGUGCGACCCGAAGGGCUAUUUCGACACAAUUGUGCAGACGGAGGAGGGUUACAGCUACGCGUUCAGGGGCGAGUACUUUUGGCCUAUUGGUGAUACGGGAGCUUGGACAGGUGCUUUGAAAAUCAGUGGUUUCUGGCCCGGGCUCCAGGGCGUGAAAGAUAUCGACGCCGCGUUUUAUCGCAAUCAGGACAAAGUGACGUUCAUCAUCAAGGGAGACAAGUUUUGGAUGUUCAAAAAUCGUACUCCAUUGGAGGGCAAACAAGCUUUGCCACUUUCAGACCCAGAGCUCGCCCUGGACUCAGAGCUCGUUGGUAUGGAUGCCGCGCUUCAAUGGGCCAAAAAUGGCAAAAUCUACUUCUUCAAAGGCGACCGUUAUUGGAGAUACGAUCCUUAUAAAAAGCUGAUCGAUGUUGGUUACCCACGGCUAAUCCAGGAAGGUUGGAACGGAGCUGUACCUGACAAUAUCCAAGCAGCCAUGCAGUGGAAAAACCAGAAAAGUUAUUUCUUCAAAGGCAAUGUUUACUGGGCAGUUGACGAGUCGUCCUUCCCGGUGAAAGUUCUCGAAGUUAACCCACCCUACCCCCGCUCUAUCGCCACCUAUUGGAUGGCCUGUUCCCCUGAGAAACUAGAAGGAGGAAAGAUUUCACCCGUUGGGAAUACAGCUUUUGGGAUAAUCCCCAACUUAGCCGUCUUUUAUAUUACUUUUAUUUUGACAAAGUUGUUUUAGGUAUUCAUCUAUUCAAUGCAUAGUUGUACCUAUACUGAGCCUCAAUAAUGCGGACACCACAAUGCCCCGGGAAGUUUAAGGCGACCGCUAUAUGCUAAAAGAGUAGAGUGAUACCACUAUUUCGCUCUUUCUCUACAUUUUUCCGAGACGUUCUUGAUAAAAAGGGAUAAUUAAGCGCAAUCCAUAGUCUUUUUCAUUCGCCAAGAUUUUGUAUUUUUUCCAUCUUUGUUGAAAUGAUUAUAACCAAUAAGGAUAAGUAAAGGAUUUAUAUCAUUCCUAAUGCUUUUUCGUAUACCUUUUGGUUUAGAAGAAAUACAAUAAUUUUUUCUUCAACCAGGGCGACUUUUUUACAAGUACUAAGAAUAAGGAAAAUAAUCCCGUUUAUCAUAUCAUUAAAGUAGUGCAAUCUAUACGAUUCCAUUCGUCGAUUGAAAUGGCAUAUUAGAUAGAUUUAAUUUAAUUUAAUAAUUUAAUAAUUAGUUUAUUUUUCACUUUCGCAGUCCAUGGACUGAAUUACAGUGACGGUCAAUUACGCAUACAUAUAAAUAUACAUAUAUGUAUGCGUAAUUGACCGAUGCUGAAAGAAUAUCUUUUUAAUAUUUAUUUUAGUGUAUUUAAAAAGUUGUACAUAUGUUAGGAUAUUUAGCUUGUUUCGUUUGUAAGGAAACUUUUAGUUAGGGAAGGCUUUUAAUAAAAUUAAUGAAAAACAA